AGAACCGUCCAAUUGCAGCAUCUUCGGGACAAUUAAAGAAGGGAACACCGACAUACGUCUUCCCAGCCUUUGGUUCUCCCAUCGUCUCGGUUUCUCUCUGGUGGGCUCGCCGUUGAGACCCGAGAGACCGAUAGAGAGGGAAGAGAUGUCGGCGUACGACGAGGUGGAGAUCGAGGACAUGGAGUGGAACGAGGAGCUGCAGGCGUACACGUACCCAUGCCCCUGCGGUGACCUCUUCCAGAUCACGAGGGACGACCUCCGCGCCGGCGAGGAGAUCGCCCGCUGCCCUAGCUGCUCCCUCUUCAUCACCGUCAUCUACAACCCCGAGGAUUUCGCCGAUCCCCCCGACCCCAAGAAGAGCCAGCCUCAACCUGUACUCGUCGCUUGAGGCGAGUCGAUUCGCGACGGCCCGCAAUUUAUCAGGUAUUGGUUUUGGUGCACAGCCUUCGGAGCCUGUCCAGCGCAUACUCUUCAGAGCAGGUCUUCUACCAUCACCACCACCACCAAUGCUUGCAAUGACAUGCAAAGGUGGGCCUCGUGACACCCAUCCUAUGGAUCUCCAGAGUGGCCGGUACUCGACUUCCAAGAGCCUUGAAGCUGCUGAUCAGUUUGAAUGUGGAGAAGCUGAGGAAGAUCAAGAUGGUGAUAAGCCAGAUCCUUAAAAGGAAAUUGCAGCAUCCUAUAACCAAGAGAGAGAGAAAGUUUGCAACACCUUGUUUUGAGUUGGGUGGCAGUUGAUAUGUCAUUUGGUGGUUGUGAAUCCAUGGAUUUGACUGCUCUGAGACCCUAGUAGCGCUUCGAAGGUCGAUAUUUUUGAAGACAAUUUAUUUUACUCUUGGAUGCAAUAGAUGUGGUUAAGUUUUUAAAUAAAUGGUGCUAUCUGCUGUAGUCUCUGAAUUGGUUGUGAAUAAAUGCGCAGGUUAAUAGGCCUGCUGACUGGGCAGGUUGUUUGGAGGUUAUUCA